AUGGCGCUUGUAGUACGUGUUGAGAACCGAUAGAAAACUACAACUCCCAGUGUGCACUUCUGCCUGGCUUUAUAUCGUUCAUGGCGUCUGGUCGAGGGCUAAAGACGGGUCGCCCUCGCUCAAACAGAUAAGCCGUUGACUUUAACGGUUUUGUGUUGACUGCCUCGGCGUGUGUCACGAUGGAGGUGGACAGAGUGAAGGUGGAGGAUGAGAGCCGUCUGAUCCAGCUGAGGUUUGAUGCCGCCGUCAAAGUCAUCAAGAGUUUACCCCCUGAUGGUCCCUUUCAGCCGUCCAAUGACAUGAUGCUCAAGUUCUACAGUUACUAUAAACAAGCCACUGUGGGAGCGUGCAAUAUACCCCGACCUGGUUUCUGGGAUGCAGUUGGCAAAGCAAAAUGGGAUGCAUGGAAUUCUCUUGGAGAUAUGCCAAAAGAAGAAGCAAUGGCCGCCUAUGUUGAUGAAAUGAAGCUGAUCCUGGAGGGGAUGCCAAUGACUGACGAGGUGGAGGAGCUCUUACGUGUCCUUGGCCCGUUCUACGAGCUGAUAGAGGAGAAGAAAAAGAUCUCACAGAUAUCAGACCUGAGCACAGGCUUUGGCACAGCGUUGAAUUCAAUGCAGUCAAAAGGCAUCGCAAAGAGCAUCAUUAGAACGAUGGAAAUGAACGGCACUCUGGAAACUCGUCCAGCCAGGCUCAAAUCAAAGGAGGUGAAGGAAAGGUCAGAGGAAGAGACACCAGAGGAGGAGGAGGAGGAAGAUGAAGAAGAAGAAGAAGAUGAGGAGGAGGAAGAAGAAGAAGAAGUAGUGACAAGGGAGGUCAGAAAAGACAAGAAAUCAGCAGCUUCACAGCCAAAGAAGAAGAGCUCAGCCAGGAGGCACAAAGCACCCGUGUCCAAUGGUAAAAUGGCUAAUGGGGGCAUCCAUCUGACCAAUGGGAAUCAUUCCAGGGUCGUUCUGAACAGCGAGGACUCCCAGGAGGGUGAGCUUCUGCUCAACGGUCACCACACAGCUCCUGGUGUAGGUGCCCCUGGCCCUGGUCACCUGGCCAGCGACUCAGACAGCGAAGUCUACUGUGAUUCUGUGGACCAGUUCGGCCAGGAAGAGAGCUCAGAGCACAACCGCUCUUUAGACGACCUCGAUGAAGAGGAGAACCACGUCCUGCCUCCUCUAGAGGAGUCACAGGUGACGCAGGAGCUCCGGGAGGAAGUUCACGGCCCACCGCAGGUCAUCAGGUGUGGAGGGGAAGAUGGAGAGAAAGGUGGAGGGAUGACACAGAGACGGAGGCUGAAUGCAGGUGCGCCGGACAGCUCUUUGGUCAGAAGAGGAAGAGGCUCGAGGUCUCCAGGCCUUGGCCCUGGAUCUCUUGUGCCCAUGCACAGUGGUGGUGAUGGAGACGGGGGCCACUGGGGAGGUGCGGUGACACCCGGAGGGAGCCUGAAUGAGCAGAUUGUCGUCGCGUUGGCCCGACUGCAGGAGGACAUGCAGAGCGUACUGGAGAGGCUGCACACCUUAGAGGCUCUCACUGCUAGCCAGGCAAGAUCAAUGUCUCUGUCUCCAACUUAUCCACCGCCUCCAGUGAAUAAGAAGAGUCAGAAACCCUCCUGGUGGCCUUUCGACAUCUCUCCGACCAGUUUGGCCUUUGCUGUGAUAUGGCCAUUUGUGGUCCAGUGGCUUAUUCGCUUAUACCUGCAGAGGAGGAGAAGACGAAUCAACUGAACCUGCUCUCACCCAAACAGCCACGGGCCUCGACGAUAAAGAAGAGCCCUCUUAACAUCUUUGGCUUGGGUUGCUAAUGGCUGUAACUCCCCCCCUGCUUCGACCCACAGCCCAGUAAUUUGCUUUUGCACUAUGAAGAAGGCACCUAGAGUGAUGAGCGAGAGGGCAAUACCUCUCGAGUAUGUUGUACUGUGGAUGUGAAAUCAAAUAGAAACAUGAAUGUAUGGGCUCGCAUAUGCCUGUGAUUAUACAACCAUUUUAAAGCUGAUACCACUGUACCGGAAUCUUAUCCUCUGUCCAGUUGAGAGGGGGAAACUGUUGGGAUGUCGCCAGCGUCUUUUUACGACAACAAAUACAAUAGCUUCUCAAUUAUUCCCAUAUCUAAGGCUUUGUUGCACAAAAAGUGGGCCCUAUACUUUGUUGUUUUGAGCAUAAUGCUUUAAUUUCACAGUUCACUGUCAUUAGUUGCCCAGGCAAUGCUGCUAUGAUAAAAAUGUUGUAAUAACUGUAAUAGUUUAGAGAGGAGGUUGAAUGUAAAGUAUAUUCAUGUGUGAGAUUCUUUCAAAUUCUGAGAAUAAGUUAAUAUUUAUUGCUUUUAGCGACGGUUACAGUGAAGGCAUCGCAGGCCAGCUUUCAGCUGCGUUAAGUGAGACUUAUGUUUAAGGUGACCGCUCAAUGUUGUGUAUAGGUUAGGCGAGGUUUCCCGUCACGUGUCCUACAGCAUAUCAAUUUCAGUGCUUUACGUCCGAGUCUUCGUUGUUUAUUCAAAUAGAAGAAGUGCCUCAACAUCACAAGGUACAUUCAUACUCUAGGUGGCAUUAUGAUUUCUUACAUUCACAUGUAGUAGCAUAACUGUUCCAGUACUGGACCAAAUAAUCAUUAAUCAUACUACCUAGUGAGCCAUGAGGUGGUCAGCUGUCUGUUGCAUAACUCCUGUCACUGUCUGUGUUGUUUACGCGGUCCCGUUUUUCUAUAUCAUAUAAUUUUAAUGUGUGAUGUAACAAUGUUUGUACGAAUAUUGUGGAAAGAUUUUUGUGUGAAUGAUAGUAAUCCUGAAUUGUGUGCAACGCAGUGAGAUCUAUACAAAAUUGCAUACAAUAGCUGUACAGUUGAGAUUAAAAUGCAGUAUUUUAAUUGCAUUCCCAUGAAUUAUUAUUGUUAAUAUAGAAAACUGUAUCAUAUUUACAAAUGUUUGCAUCUGCGAUAGCACUAAUAUUUCCAGAGCCAUUAUGUUUUAUUAAAAAAAUGAAUAGGUUUAACUUUCUACUGAACUGUACUAAGGCUUUCUCACCCUCUCUGCCUGUGGAUAGAGUGGUGUUUGCAUGUGAUAAUCCAAGCCUAAAAUAAAGUUUUCAUAAAUCA